AGCGCUGGAGGCUGCAGGGUGGCAGUGUGUUGUGGGGAGUUCCUGAGAUCGCAGAAGAGACAGAGGGGGACUGGCACUCACUCACGUAGAGUCACAAACACAUCCUCUCUGCGUAGUGGUGGGCUGUGUUGCCAGCUAGUGUCUCAGGGAUUGUGCGUGCGGUGGUACAGAACAGUAGGAUGGUGGCUGUGUGGUUGCCGUCGGGAUGGGCCUGGAGGACUGUACUGCUGGUGACUGGACUGGCUUCACUGAGCCCCGGGACUGAUGCCAAUGUGUUGGAUACCAUAGUGCUACUGAGGAACCCUGUAAGAGACAGGUCAGACAGCAGGAAGGAGGAGGGUGGGAGUACAGCCCCGGCUCCAGCACAGAGGCUCCUCUGGUGUCACUGUUACCCUCACUGUUCUGAAGACUCCAACAAUACCUGCAGGACUGAUGGUUGUUGCUUCACCAUGGUGGAGGAAGAAGAGGGAAGUCUCCCUGUGCUGACCUCUGGAUGUCUGGGGCUGGUAGGCUUAGAGUUCCAGUGCAGGGACAACGGAGGUCCCCAUCGGAGGAGGGCUGUGGAGUGCUGUACAGACCAGGACUACUGCAAUACAGACCUGCAUCCUACUUUACCACCACUGACGACCCCUGAUUACGUGGACAGCAGUAUCCACCCCAUUGCUCUCUUCAUCUCUGUCACAGUGUGCUGCAUCAUCCUGGUACUCAUCAUCAUCUUCUGUUACUUCAGGUAUAAGCGUCAGGAGUCGCGACCUCGCUACAGUAUUGGUCUGGAGCAGGAUGAGACUUAUAUCCCUCCUGGAGAAUCUCUGAAGGACCUGAUAGAACAGUCCCAGAGCUCUGGAUCAGGAUCAGGACUCCCCCUGCUGGUGCAGCGCACCAUAGCCAAGCAGAUUCAGAUGGUGAAGCAGAUAGGUAAGGGCCGCUACGGAGAGGUGUGGAUGGGUCGCUGGAGAGGAGAGAGAGUAGCUGUCAAAGUGUUCUUCACCACAGAGGAGGCCAGCUGGUUCCGAGAGACAGAGAUCUACCAAACUGUCCUCAUGAGACACGAGAACAUACUGGGCUUCAUAGCAGCGGACAUAAAGGGAACAGGCUCAUGGACCCAGCUCUACCUGAUCACAGACUACCAUGAGAGUGGAUCUCUGUACGACUACCUCAAGUCCACCACCCUGGACAUCAAGGCCAUGCUGCGGCUGGCCUACUCCUCAGUGUCAGGCCUCUGCCACCUCCACACAGAGAUCUUUGGCACCCAGGGCAAGCCAGCCAUCGCCCACAGAGACCUGAAGAGCAAGAACAUCCUGGUGAAGAAGAAUGGAGCCUGCUGCAUCGCUGACCUGGGCCUGGCCGUCAAAUUCAUCAGUGACACCAACGAGGUGGACAUCCCUCCCAACACCAGGGUGGGCACUAAGCGCUACAUGCCCCCAGAGGUCCUGGACGAGAGUCUGAACCGGAACCACUUCCAGUCCUACAUCAUGGCCGACAUGUACAGCUUCGGCCUCAUCCUCUGGGAGAUCGCCCGGCGCUGCGUCUCUGGAGGCAUCGUAGAGGAGUACCAGCUGCCCUACCAUGACCUGGUGUCCUCUGACCCCUCCUACGAGGACAUGAGGGAGGUUGUGUGCAUCAAGAGACAGAGGCCCUCAUUCGCCAACCGCUGGAACAGUGAUGAGUGUCUCAGACAGAUGGGGAAGCUGAUGACGGAGUGCUGGGCCCACAACCCAGCCUCUCGCCUCACAGCUCUGAGAGUGAAGAAGACCCUGGCCAAAAUGUCUGAGACUCAGGAUAUCAAACUGUGACACGCUGCUACUGCCACAUAGAGACACUCAACACCUAGAGACAUGUCCAUGGCCUAGUGCCACUCUGCCAGGACCACAGGAGGAGGGCAAGGCGCGUGGGAGAGAGAUGGUCAGGGUCUGCUCUCUUUUUGCCCAUGCCACUGCCACCUCUGGGAUAGAGAGUGUCCCAGUGGGCAGGGUCUGGUCUGGUGUUGCUUUCUGUGAAAGCUGAUUGGCGCUCUAAAUGAGGGGGGAACACAAGGACAGACAGUGCCCUAUGCAGGAGAGGAGGAGUCACUCUCUCCCUCACAGUAGAGGGUUAGGAGGGUGGGGGUCCUGCUCUGUCCAUCUAAAGCCAUAUAACAGUGUUUGUUUUUGUGGUAACACUUUAUUUUAACUAGCCACCAUCAAUCCCCUUCAAACCAAUGUCAGAAUGUUCAUGAAACUUUGACAUGUUUACAACAUUUAUGUAGGGUUAUGAGGCGAGUUCAAAUAAAGUGUUGCCGUUGUUGCCAAUUGUGCUAUUUAUUAGUCUUUUUUUACAACUGUAGAGAAAUCUCUACAUACUGUUGGAAGUGAAGUAUAUAUCUCUUGCAGCAGUACUGCUUUAGAAACCCAUGCAUUUGUUUCUUCUAUUCACACAGGAAAAAAAACAGCUGUGGGCCUUUUGACUAUCCAAGGGAGCCAUUCUUAGUCCCCUGAAAUGUCUAUGUACUGUAUCAACAACUAACUAUAGGAGAAAGUGAUGCAUCAUGGUUAAUAAGCUUGGGAGUGAUGUUACUCAGGCUAGCUGAUGGUUAAAAAGCUUGGGAGUGAUGUUACUCAGGCUAGCUGAUGGUUAAUAAGCUUGGCAGUGAUGUUACUCAGGCUAGCUGAUGGUUAAUAAGCUUGGGAGUGAUGUUACUCAGGCUAGCUGAUGGUUAAUAAGCUUGGCAGUGAUGUUACUCAGGCUAGCUGAUGGUUAAUAAGCUUGGGAGUGAUGUUACUCAGGCUAGCUGAUGGUUAAUAAGCUUGGCAGUGAUGUUACUCAGGCUAGCUGAUGGUUAAUAAGCUUGGCAGUGAUGUUACUCAGGCUAGCUGAUGGUUAAUAAGCUUGGGAGUGAUGUUACUCAGGCUAGCUGAUGGUUAAUAAGCUUGGCAGUGAUGUUACUCAGGCUAGCUGAUGGUUAAUAAGCUUGGGAGUGAUGUUACUCAGGCUAGCUGAUGGUUAAUAAGCUUGGCAGUGAUGUUACUCAGGCUAGCUGAUGGUUAAUAAGCUUGGCAGUGAUUUUACUCAGGCUAGCUGAUGGUUAAUAAGCUUGGCAGUGAUGUUACUCAGGCUAGCUGAGUCAUGCCAAUAAGAUGGUCUCCCCCAUGGUUGUCUUGUUACUGUAAUAUGAAGAAAAAUAAUCUCCCCUCACAGUAUUGAAUUGUUAAUAAUAUUGAAAUGUAUCGAUACUGAUGGACUUAAUCAUGUUAAAUGUAAGUUUUGGUUGUUUGCCUUUGGCUUGUGUACAUAAUAACUCCCUGACCGUCCACUCCACCACUAUGGCUUGUGUACAGAAUAACUCCCUGACCAUCCACUCCACCACUAUGGCUUGUGUACAGAAUAACUCCCUGACCGUCCACUCCACCACUAUGGCGUGUGCCUUAUUUAAGCUGUACAUAUGUGUAUAAGAGAGUGUGUGGACCAGGAGAACAUUCCCUAAUAAAAUG